AUGACCGAGACUCAUGGAGGAGCCUCGGGAAAUCACGCGGGUGGAAGGUCCCUCUCCUUAAAGAUCAAGAAGAUCGGAUACUUCUGGCCAACGAUGGUCGAGGAUUGCAAAAACGUCGCCGAAAAAUGCGUCCCCUGCCAAAGGUACCCACCCACCAUCAACUCUCCAACGCAAGCACUCCAAGCCGCAAUCCCAGCAUACCCCUUCAUGCGCUGGGGAAUGGACAUCGUUGGACGUAUGCCACGUUCGCGGCAAUGUGCCUACCUCCUGGUCAUCACCGAAUACUUUACCAAGUGGGUAGAAGCAAAAAUCGUAACCGAUAACGGUGGGCAAUUCAUCGCGGCUACCUUCCAAGAAUUUUGCGCAUCAUGGAACAUCAAGCUCGUCUACUCCACGCCUAGAUACCCUCAAGCUAACGGACAAGUCGGGUCCACAAACAAGACUAUCGUCGAUGGCUUGAAGAAAAGGCUUGAAGGCUACCAAGGAGCUUGGGCGGACGAGUUGGAUGGAGUACUCCCAGAUCCGCGUCCGGGGAAACCCCCUUCACUUUGUCACACGGCUAAAGUGAGUUAUGAUCAAUUAGUGAAGACUGGUCCAGACGGCUUAUCGAGCGUUCGCAUCCUGAGCCGCGCACACCGGCCGAUCGAGGAACGAACGUACCGCGAUCGUCCCGCGUACAUCAUCCGUCCCGCCAAGUUCACGGCCGAGCUCACGUACCGACCCGGGAAGCAACAUCCCGCGGUCGAGCCGUUCUUGCCUCGCCACAACCGUGCACGACCGCAACGCGCGAACCGGGAAGCAAUGUCUCGCGGCCGCGCGGCACACACCACGUCCCGCGGCCGAUCCAUCCGUCCGACCAGGAAGGCUUCGUCCCACGUCCGGCCAGAAUCAUCGGCCAAAUCAUCCAUCCGUCCGACCCGUCGGCCGAACGCGAAAACUCUCGGCCACGAUCGUUCCGACCGUGCCGAUAGCCGACCACGACCCGAUAGCCGGCCGAUCGUCCCGACCGACCGUCCGGUCGACCCGAAGCCCGUUUUGAAGCCGUUUCACACGUUUUCACAGCCCGGCUUAACCUAA